AUGGGGUUCUAUUCCCUCCUGUCCUCUGAUCCAGUGAUCCAGCCUGGGAAAUACAAAGACAUUGAGCCCACGGUGAAGAUGGAGGAGGUGGACGGAGAGGAACUGGUGAAGAAGUUUGCUGAGGAGAUGGAGGGCAUGCUGGGUAGGAAGAUGAAGUCUGUCAAGAGACUGGCGGAGGCAGCGGAGGACGCUGAUCUAUACCAUGAAUUCAACGCUACUUUAGAGUUCGACUACUACAACUCUAUGCUGAUCAACUCGGUGGAUAAAGAUGGAAACUCUAUCGAGCUGGGAGGAGAGUUUCCUCUGGAAGAGAAUGAACACUUCAACAAGCUCCAGGUCAACACUCUGCAGAGCGACAUACAGGUUCCCACCAACGUUUACAACAAAGACCCUGGUAUUCUAAACGGGGUGUACAUGUCGGAGGCCCUGAACGAUGUGUUCGUGGAUAACUUCCAGAAGGACCCUACUCUAACCUGGCAGUACUUUGGCAGUGCCACUGGCUUCUUCAGACUCUACCCAGGCAUCGCAUGGACCCCAGAUGAAAAUGGUGUCGUCACGUUUGACUGCAGGAACAGAAACUGGUACAUCCAGGCUGCGACCUCUCCCAAGGACAUCAUCAUCGUAGUGGACGUCAGCGGGAGUAUGAAGGGUCUCAGGCUCACUAUUGCCAAGCACACUAUUAACACCAUCCUGGACACACUAGGGGAGAACGACUUUGUCAACGUCAUCGCCUACAGCGACUAUGUCCAAUACGUGGAACCCUGCUUCAAGGGAACCCUGGUCCAGGCUGACCUGGACAACCGAGAGCACUUCAAGUUGCUGGUUGAGGAGCUCCAGGUGAAAGGAGAGGGGAAAGUCAAGAAGGCCAUGAAGGAAUCCUUCAAGAUCCUCAAUGAGGCUGCAUCGUUGGGUCAGGGUAGUCUGUGUAACCAGGCCAUCAUGCUGAUCACUGACGGAGCCAUGGAGGAUUAUGAGGAAGUGUUUCAGGAGUUCAACUGGCCAGAACGCAGGGUGCGUGUUUUUACUUACCUUAUUGGUCGUGAGGUGACCUUCGCUGACACUGUGAAGUGGAUUGCCUGCAACAAUAAAGGUUACUACACACACGUCUCCACGCUGGCCGAUGUUCAGGAGAAUGUCAUGGAGUACCUUCACGUUCUGAGUCGACCAAUGGUCAUCAACCAUGAUCAUGACAUCAUCUGGACAGAGGCUUACAUGGACAGUGCGCUGUUCAACACACAGGCUCAGAGCCUGCUCCUCAUGACCUCUGUGGCCAUGCCUGUGUUCAGCAAGAAGAAGGAGACGCUGUCUCAUGGUAUUCUGCUGGGGGUGGUGGGGACUGAUGUUCCUCUGAGAGAACUGAUGAGGCUGGCUCCUAGAUACAAGCUGGGUGUCCAUGGUUACGCCUUCCUCAACACCAACAACGGUUAUAUCCUCGCCCACCCUGCCCUCCGACCCCUGUAUAAGGAGGGAAAGAAGCUGAAGCCAAAACCCAACUACAACAGUGUUGAUCUGGCUGAGGUGGAGUGGGAGGACACGGAUGAGACGUUGAGGACUGCCAUGGUAAAAGGAGAGACAGGUACUCUGUCCUUAGACGUCAGAGCCACUGUAGAGAAAGGGAGAAGAGUCAUGUUCCUGAAGAAUGACUACUUCUACACAACCAUCAACGAGACGCCGUUCAGUCUUGGCAUGGUGCUGACCAGAGGGCACGGUGAAUACAUCUUCAUAGGGAACGUGUCUGUUAGGGAAGGUCUCAAUGACCUGAUGCAGCCAGAUGUUUCCAUCGCAAAUGAGUGGACCUACUGUGAGACAGACAUUGACCCUCACCACCGCAAGCUGACCCAGCUCCAGGCUGUGUUUCGAUACCUCACAGGGAAGGAACCUGAUCUGGAGUGUGAUGAGGAACUGUUGAGACAGACUCUGUUUGAUGCUGUGGUCACAGCCCCCAUGGAGGCUUACUGGACAGCAUUGAUGCUCAACCCAUCUGGCAUGGACGAGGGGGUGGAGACUGCGUUCCUGGGCACCCGGUCUGGUCUGAUGAGGGUCACCAGAUACGUGGGCAUUGAGAAACGUGUUGCCAAGAAAUUCCUGUCUCCGUCGGACAAGGAGAACAUCUUUACGAUGGACCACUUCCCCGUGUGGUAUCGCCGCGCUGCAGAGUACCCCGCCGGCAAGUUCCUGUACUACAUCCCCAAGGAGGACACCAGAGAUACGUCAGGGAGGAUGGUGAUCGCCACCACAGCUGUGACUGUCACCGUGGGCAAGAAGACUGCAGUGGCAGGAGGUAGGAACAAUUAUCUCUUUUACAUCUCUCUCUCUCUUGACUUUAUGAAUGCUUAUGAGGACUUUAUUAAUGCUUAUGAGGACUUUAUGAAUGCUUAUGAGGACUUUAUGAAUGUUUAUGAGGACUGUGUGAACGUUUAUGAGGACUUUGUGAAUGUUUAUGAGGACUUUAUGAAUGUUUAUGAGGACUUUAUGAAUGAUAUUGAGGACUUUAUGAAUGUUUAUGAGGACUUUAUGAAUGAUAUUGAGGACUUUAUGAAUGUUUAUGAGGACUUUAUGAAUGUUUAUGAGGACUGUAUGAACGUUUAUGAGGACUUUAUGAAUGUUUAUGAGGACUUUAUGAAUGCUUAUGAGGACUUUGUGAAUGCUUAUGAGGACUUUAUGAAUGAUAUUGAGGACUUUAUGACUGUUUAUGAGGACUUUAUGAAUGUUUAUGAGGACUGUGUGAACGUUUAUGAGGACUUUGUGAAUGUUUAUGAGGACUUUAUGAAUGUUUAUGAGGACUUUAUGAAUGAUAUUGAGGACUUCAUGAAUGUUUAUGAGGACUUUAUGAAUGAUAUUGAGGACUUUAUGAAUGUUUAUGAGGACUUUAUGAAUGUUUAUGAGGACUGUAUGAACGUUUAUGAGGACUUUAUGAAUGUUUAUGAGGACUUUAUGAAUGCUUAUGAGGACUUUAUGAAUGAUAUUGAGGACUUUAUGAAUUGUCUAUAA